UUUUGGAAGAGUGUGGCCCAACAUAGAGAUAUAGAGCUGUUAUCGUCUGUCUUUCAUGGCGGAGCAGAGGUGAUCGUUUCACUAUUCAAUUUCACUCGUCGAUCAUUACCAACCUCUGCGGGCAAAGAUGGAAUUCGAGAAGAUCAAGGUGAUCAAUCCCGUUGUUGAAAUGGAUGGAGACGAAAUGACUCGAGUUAUCUGGAAAUUCAUCAAAGACAAGCUUAUUUUCCCUUUCCUGGAGCUGGAUAUCAAAUACUUUGAUCUUGGACUGCCUAACCGCGAUUUCACUGAUGAUAAGGUUACUAUAGAGACUGCUGAAGCUACUUUAAAGUAUAAUGUGGCUAUUAAGUGUGCGACGAUUACUCCGGAUGAAGCUCGUGUUAGGGAGUUCGGCUUAAAGAAAAUGUGGAGGAGUCCUAAUGGAACUAUAAGGAACAUUUUAAACGGCACAGUUUUCAGGGAACCUAUCAUUUGCAGAAACAUCCCUCGUCUUGUUCCAGGAUGGACGAAGCCAAUCUGUAUUGGAAGGCAUGCUUUUGGUGAUCAGUAUAGAGCCACUGAUCUCAUUGUCAAUGAACCAGGAAAACUGAAACUAGUUUUUGAGCCAAGUGGAUCUUCUCAGAAAACAGAAUUCGAAGUCUUCAAUUUCACCGGUGGAGGUGUUGCUUUAGCCAUGUAUAACACUGAUGAGUCUAUUCGUGCAUUUGCUGAGUCCUCGAUGUACACAGCUUACCAGAAAAAGUGGCCACUUUACCUCUCCACAAAAAACACCAUCCUCAAAAUAUAUGAUGGAAGAUUCAAGGAUAUAUUCCAAGAAGUUUAUGAAGCUAACUGGAGAUCCAAGUAUGAAGCAGCAGGGAUAUGGUAUGAGCAUCGUUUGAUAGAUGAUAUGGUUGCAUAUGCCAUGAAAAGUGAAGGGGGUUACGUCUGGGCAUGCAAGAAUUACGAUGGAGAUGUACAGAGCGAUUUCUUAGCCCAAGGAUAUGGAUCUCUGGGAAUGAUGACUUCGGUGUUGGUAUGAAAUGACGCGGGCCUCAGCCAAAGUUUUUGGUCUUUAUCAUGAUAACAUGUUUCCUGCGCAUCAUUAUAUUUUAUGUAUUAAAUUUGAGAUAUAUUACAGGUUUGUCCAGAUGGAAAGACCAUUGAAGCAGAAGCAGCUCAUGGCACAGUUACACGCCACUACAGAGUUCACCAGAAAGGUGGUGAAACAAGCACCAACAGCAUAGCCUCUAUUUUUGCUUGGUCCAGAGGCCUUGCCCACAGGGCAAAGCUGGACAGCAAUGCCGCACUCUUGAGCUAUACUGAGAAACUAGAAGCAGCUUGCAUGGGGACGGUGGAGUCUGGCAAAAUGACCAAGGAUCUAGCUCUUCUGAUCCACGGAGCCAAGGUUAGGAGGGAUCAGUAUGUGAAUACGGAAGAGUUCAUUGAUGCGGUGGCAUGGGAGUUAAAAAGAAGAUUGUUAGGCAACAACUCCAGGUUGUGAGAAGAAAGAAUGGAAAUCUGAAAAGCAAAGAGUCUCAGCAGCGUGAUGUUUGAUUUGAUGCUCUUUCAUAGGUGUAGAACUUAAAGCCUGAAAAGGGGCUAUUGCAUGAAUAAAAGGAGAUAGACUAAUUGGGUAAUUUAUUGAGGAACUCAGAUUUCCCAAAGCCGAGACUCACUCCUCAUUGAUUCGUUAAAAAUUGAAUCUUUUUAGCCCUUCUUUCUCUGUAUAAUCUCUGUUGUAAAAGCUACCAAUCAACAGAAAUGGCUACGUUCUCGUUGUC